CUCUCUCUCUCUCUCCCCGUCUCUCUCUCUCUCUGUCUCUCUCUCUCUCUCUCUGUUCCACACCACUCAGCUGCGAGACCCACCUCCGUUGGGAACCAUGAGUUAUUCCGCCGAAUUGUUCUCGAGCAGCUCGUACAGGAGGAUAUUCGGAGAUGCCCCUCGUCUCGUCGCACGCACCGCCACGAGCAGCAGUCCGUCUCGGAUGACGGCGGCGUACCGGGGCACCCCGCGCAGCUACGGAGCCCCGUCGCCCGUGAUGACCUCCGCCGGCUACCGCGGCAAGCUUAGCGCCGGUCGCAGCGGCUGCGCCCCUGUGCCGGACGCGCUCGACCUGUCGCAGAGCACGGCCAUCACCAACGAAAUGAAGAUCAUUCGCACCAACGAGAAGGAGCAACUGCAGGGCCUCAACGACCGCUUCGUCACCUUCAUCGAGAAGGUGCACCACCUCGAGCAGCACAACCGGGUUCUCGAGGCCGAGGUGGCCUCGCUGCGUCAGCGCCACAACGAGCCCUCGCGCCUGCACGACCUCUACGAGCAGGAGAUCCGCGAGCUGCGCUCCCGGGUGGAAGAGCUGACUCACGAGAAGAGCCAGACGCAGCUGGACUGCGUGCACGUAACCGAAACGCUCGAGCGCCUGAAGGAGAAGCUGGACGAGGAGAUCCGUCUGCGCGAGGAGGCUGAAAACAGCCUGAGGGGCUACCGUAAGGAUGUGGACGACGCCACCCUGGCACGACUGGAGCUCGAGAAGAAAGUUGAGUCUCUGCUGGAUGAAAUCGGUUUCCUCAGGAAAGUGCAUGAGGAAGAACUUCAGGAGCUGCAGGCAUCCCUGCAGGCCACGCAGGUGUCUGUCGAGAUGGACGUGAGUAAACCGGAUCUUGCCGUGGCCCUAAAGGACAUCCGCGCUCAGUACGAGGUCCUUUCGUCCCGGAACCAGCAACAGGCGGAGGAGUGGUACCGCUCCAAGUUCGCCAGUGUCACCGAGGUGGCAGCGCGCAAUAACGACGCAAUAAAGCAAGCCAGGGAUGAGCUGAGCGAGUACCGCCGACAAGUGCAGGCACGCACCCUGGAGAUAGAGGCCCUCCGAGGUCACAACGAGGCUCUCGAGCGACAACUGGCUGAGAUGGAAGAUCGCCAUAGCAACGAGAUUGGCGAGCUGCAGGAGACCAUCCAGCAGCUGGAGAAUGCCCUGCGCUCCACCAAAGGAGAGAUGUCCCGCCACCUGCGCGAGUACCAGGAGCUGCUCAACGUGAAGAUGGCCCUGGACAUCGAGAUCGCAGCCUACCGGAAGCUGCUGGAGGGUGAGGAGUGUCGUCUGAGUAGCGUGGGCGGAGCCAUGCUCCAGUCCAGCUACUCCGGUGUUUCCUAUAUGACCGGGCGCACUUUCGCUCUGGGCACCUACAGGAGGGGCGUGGCCAAGCCAGAGCCUGAGGAGGAAGAGGAGGAAGAGGAAGAGGGAGGCGAGCAGGAGGAAGCAGGAGAGGAGGGAGAGGAAGAUGCAGAGGGCGAGGGACAAGCUGGAGAGGAGCAGGAAGAGGGUGAGGAAGGGAAAGAAAAUGGAGAGGAAGAGGAAGAGAAAGAGGAGAAGAACGACAAGAAGGACAAAGAGCUUGAGAAGCAGAAAGGGAAGACAGAGACGGAGAAGAAGAAGAAUGAGAGCAAAAUGGAAGAGAGCAAGAGUGAGAAAGCUGACACCAACAAAGGAGACAACAAGCCCCCUGCUGGCCAGAGCAAGUAAAGACGCCCGCGUGCUUCCAGUAUCUGACCUCCCCCAACGCGGCCCUCUGUUUCAGCCACCCAGAUUCUGAUCUCCGCCACCUCUGUUCAUUAAACACUCUUUCUCUCUCUCUCUCUCUCUCACACACACACACACACACUUAUUUUAGGGACCACAAUUGAUGUUUGAAUUUUUGAAUGUCUAUUGUGAACGAGGGAGAGCCUGCCCUAACUUGAUGGUGAUGCCAACAUGAACAUGAUGUCAACGACGUGAUCCGGACGGGCGUGCCCAGCGUCACAGGGCAUCGGUGUGCCAGUGGUGGUGAGGAAGAGGAGGAUGAAGAGGAGUGACUGAAGGAGUCUGGAUGAUGAGGUUGAGUCGCUGCAUGCACUCACUUUCAUUGCAAAUGAAAACUCCACUUCUUCCAACUUCACGGUGCUAUUACAUAUAAUAAACAGCAAGUUGGAAGUUUGCUAAAUUUCAAGAAUAACACACACACACACACACACACACACACACACACACGGUAUGUUUGCUGAGGUCUUCAGUGAAUGUUACCAGCCAAGAUAAUCAGAUGAGUCCCACCAGUGCUCACCCCAUGGACGUCAGUAUUCCACCACAGUACCAGUGAUCAGAUCACUGGCUCGUUCACCGAGGGAAGACGCAGGAUGUGGUCAUCACUCUCUCACCAUCGACGGUCUUCAUAAUCAACAUUGAGUCACCCACCCUCCUUCUGCGUCCACCCGCCUUCUGUUUCAUAGCAAUGGUCAUGGCGUAGCAGAUGUAGCUAUGUGGAGUUUUAGUGCAGCGAAAUUAGUUUUAAAUAUUUCCUAUUUACAGGUGAGCCGUGUAGUGUGGAAGCUGUUGGGAGUGUGUGUGUGUGUGUGUGCGCGAGAGACAGGCAGGCAUGCUUUCUGCAUUCAGCGCAAAUCCCUCCAGGAAUGAAAUAUUUCGAUUAAAGACCUUCUGAUGCUGUUUAUUAUCUUAUUCCUUCGACCUUUACGUUUGGAGAAAAGGAGACAGAGUUUUCCUCUUGACUGGUUCACGGCUGGUAGAUCUUCUACCUAUUUUGUGCUCGCCCUCUGUAAUGCAAGCGUCGCCCUCUACAGUGCUGGAAAGCAGAUAGAUAGCUGCACAUCUGAGAGCGUCCCUGCUCCACCACAUCUGAAAGGACUCUGCAGUUAAUAACACCGCCCUUCAUGACCGGAUCAGGAGGGUCGUAGUGCAGUGACCCCCCAUGACUGAAGAUGGAGAAACUUAAAGCAACCUGAAUAUGUUUGAGAUCAGUCAGCAUGGUGUCUGCCACUCUACUGCACUUCAAUCAUCAGGAGAGACAUUCUUAAUGCGAAUGUGUGUGUGUGCGUGUCUGGAGCAUAUUUGGAUUUGUGACUGUAUUUGUAUUAAGUGUGCCUCUGCAAACGUUGAUCAUAUGUUUAUCAUGGUGAACGAAUGUGUGUGUAUGUGAGUGUUCGAUGUGUUUCUAAGGCAAUAUAAAUGUACUGUAAUGGGGCUCGAAACCAAGUCAGACAGGUGACGCCACCGACACUCCACUGGUAGCGGGUCCGUGUGCAAAACCGUUAGAUCUUAGAACAGGUAAAACGAGAGAAGUAAAAAACCAAAGGUGGGGAGUCGAACGAGCUCCUGGUAGACUGUGACGACCUGCAUGUAUGUCACACUUCAAAGGAAUGGAGGACGAACAAUGGGU